CUUUAGCUUAUUUCACGCAGCUAAAAUCUCUUGAUGAUUUUUAACAAUCAUUCGGGGAACAUUCUGGAGACAAAACCACCACAGCCACAAACGAAGUGGCUAAAACAAGGGCGCUAACAUUGCCGGCCAAUCCAGAGGUGUGGCUUGGAGCCGGUGAGACCGUUCACUAGCCCAGUCCUAAACUGGUAAAGUGGUUCAUCAAAUCGAUUCAAGAACCAACCUUCCGAGUCUCCUGCGUCUCCAAUGCAGUCUCACAACGACUUUCCCCCGCGCUUCGCGACUCACGACUCCAAACUCUAGACUGAGAAAAAAGAUCGAGGCGGCCUAACACUGCCACUGAUGCCAACUACGACAUUACCGACAGCGGCCUGCUCCCUCUCCAACCCCAGGCAAUGAAUGCACCGGCAUAACAUCUCCUCCGUCCCCCGUCGCGUGCUUCUACAGCUUAAACUCGACCCCCGUCCCCGCCUCCCCGAACUCGAACGCGAACCCGAAACACAAUGGAUCAAGCAGACAUCCCCGCGCUGCUUGCGCGCCUAGCCAGCGACGAAGAUGCCUCGCGCAAGAUGGCCGUCUUCAAGCUACAGAACUCGAUUAACGACCCUGCCUUUGCCGACGUUUUCAUCUCCUCGGGCGGCCUCGUCGUGCUGCGCCGCCUCAUCAUGACGGCCGCCGGCAACACCCUCGCCUACUCGCUCCAGAGCCUCACACGCCUCCUCGAAGUUGACAUGGGAUGGGACAUCUUCGAGGGUCCAACGGCCAGUGACCUCGUCGAGCGGGUCGUGGAGCUCAUCGUCACGAACCCACUGGUUAACAUCCUCAGGGGCGCCAUGUCCAUCCUGGUCGCCCUCGUCAGCCAUUCCCAGUCCACCGCCCUCGGAGGCGCCGCGAGCCGCACCCCCGGGACCUUUGGCUUCCGCGCCCUGAAGCCUGCCGUCGCCGUUUACCCGCAAUUCUUUGAGCUGGUGAUAGCCCAGCUGCAGAGUGCCGAUCACGCCCUGUGCGCGAACGCCCUCAUGCUCAUCAAUGCACUGAUCCGAGAUGCCGUGUCCAACGAGACCACCAUGGGCGGCGGCAAGGCCAACGGGACCUCCCAAGGGGACGAGUGGUCCAAGUUUAUCAAGAGGCUGCAAGACUUGGGGCUGAUCAAGGCCGUCUAUAAGCUCAUGCAGAGUUCGGCCCUACAGGACUUGGCACAUCCCCUGUUAGAGUUUCAGUCAUUGACCAAGAUUUUAUUGAGGAAGUGGCGCGAGGUAGAGGUUGACCUGGAACGACCGGAGCAUCGACGGGCCCUCAAGGGCUUGCAUCUCGCCAGCGCUCCGGAUCGCGCGUACGUAAACGGCCACUCACCGUCAAUUGAGCAAAAUGAGGCAUCGGCAAAGAAGGGGAGCAGAAGGCACAAUCCCGAGAAGUGGAGAAGGUUGGGCUUUGAGACCGAGAGCCCUGCGCAGGAGUUUGACAUUACUGGUUUCCUGGGCAUGAUGGACAUCACAGACUACGUGCGGAAGCAUGAGGACCGGUUCCAAAAGCUGUUGCUAGAGCAGGCGGGCAAGCCGGCAUCCCAACGUUCCCCCGUUGCCCGAGCGAGCUUCGCGGUCACGAUGGUGCUGUAUGAGCACUUUGAAGUCGACAAGGCCGACCUAGAGGACACCAAGGGGUACCAGGUGAUGGAAUCAAAGGACCACGACAGACUGUUUCGACCUCUUCUACUUCAGUGGUCUCGGCUGCAUACAGCUGCCUUACAUGCCUUUUUUCGAGUUUGGAAGGUCACUGGUGCAGAGCAUGAUGAUUUUGAAAAGGUCGUCGAGCUAGUGCGGAUCCUCGUUGACCAGGUGGUGGGCGGCGCUACGAGAACCAAGGAUGUGCUGGAGGCAGAGGAAGAGAUGCAAGAAUACGAUGUGGCGCGCCUACGAGAGCAACAAAUGGACCUGCUCGAGAUGUCAUUUGAGGGCACAUGGGGUCAACAUCUAUACCAAGUGCGGGAGGAGUUGAAGCAGGAGGCCUUACAGUUCGUGAAGGAGCAAAGGAUCCGAUGCCUCCUUGAGGGGUCGUGGUUCACAAAGCCGACGCCAAAGCGAGAGAACAACAACGGGUCUAAGCACCGACUCUUUACGCCGACGCCAUGGCGGUAUGCUAAGCUGUCUCACAAUCGUCGAUAUCUCCACUAUGCCGAUUUCGAAAAACAGACACCCCAGGAGCCGACCCUGGAAUCUCUAGGAGAGAAGAUUGACCUCAGCACCAUCAGUUCGGUCGUGUCCAACGUGUCGGCAUCAGACGACGUAAAGAGCACGAAUAGUGGAGCGACAACCAAGACUACGACGACAAAGAUCACCGUGUACAGCUUUAUCAACCCAGUGCAUCCCAACAAGGGAAUGGAUACCAAGGAGCAUCCGAUUCUCUCGCUGUGGCCACUCAGCCACAGUCUCGCUUCUGAGUGGCUGGACGGGUUGCUACUAGUAUUGAAUCAGGCGCCAAUUACGGCGGAGACGAACAAGUUGGUUAACAUGGUGAGCGAAUACGGGCUAAAGAUCCGGUUGCUGAAUGUGCGGAUGGACUCGGCGUUCGAUGGCCCGGUGCCUGGAGCCGGUGUGAUUCCAUCUCGAGAAGGGCUGGACGACGACUAUUUCUUUGAGGUCUGAAGUGCUGAGAGAGAUUUGGAUUGCGACUUGGCUAGACGGAAAGACUCAAGACUCUGGGAUUGGUUUUUGCAUUCAUAUAUACCCCUUUGCCCAGGAUGGCCGUAUGGACGGGCAUAGCGAGCGUGCUUUGAUGCGAUGUUAGAUUUUUAUCAAGUGUACUAGGAUACGUUGCGGCAUUGGGCGAGAGGUUGAGGGGUGACAUAUUGCCUGUUGGUUGUGCAAAAUUGAUGGAGUUGAUAAAUGUGAAGAUAAUAGGACUGGAGCAGUCAACUUACUUUACGUUUGCCCCGACCAAAGUGUUGCCACCGCAUCAUAUUAUCACUGUGCGCCAAGUCAUUAUGUGCCUCCAAGGAUUG